AUGCCUGACUCUCACAAUUCCUCUGGCAUUCAAUUGUACUAUUAUUUCGCAUUUAUUUUUGAUGAUUUGAUGAUUUUCAGGGGAAUAGACUACAUUGAUCUUAUCAAUGGUCUAGAAGGUAGAGAGAAUAACUUGCCACCUCUAGUAUCUGAGAUGCUGUCCAUUUUCAUGGAUCACUGGAAGCAGUUACAA